GUACAAACGAGUCGUUUAAAGGAUUUAUGGAUUUGCAUUUUAUAAAAGCGACAAAUCAAACUUGUGUUUUUAGAGUUGACUAUCAAGUAUAUACCAAUUUUUUAAUUUUAUCUGGGGCUAUAAUGCUAGGAAAAGUUUUGUUAUUUGCAAUUAUUAUGAAAACCAGGAGUAAAAUAUUAAUGUGUUUUUCCUCUAUUUUAUGUUGUUUAAGUUUUUUAAUAAUAUCUGAAAUAAAUGAUUCAGUUUCCAAAAUAAUAUUAUCAGGUAUUAUCAUUUGUCUGUAUGGAACUAUGGAAUCUUCGUUAUAUAUAAAAUCAAUCGAAAUGUAUCCGACUGUAAUAAGAAGUACCGGAAUAGGCGUGACAAGAUGUAUUGGCUUAGCCUUCUUUUUAAUAUUCCUUUAUGAAAAAACCUUGCCUGUAAACAUUAUUCUUUGGCUAAACGCAGGUCUAUUUGCAGGUGCUGCCAUAUUAUCACUUUUGUUGGAAGAUCUCACUAAAAAGCCUAUGAUAGAAUAAUAACAAUUAUUGUUGAAUAAUUA